AUGCUCGUUGCUUUGAUUACUCUCGGCGUCACCCCCUCUGGCUUUGUCAGUCAGUACAAGAGAGAUGGUGGACUUACCAUCUCCCUUUCUGGACCUGUGACGAAUGUCACCACUGUCGACGAUCUCAAGUUCAUAGCGACUGUAGCCAAUACUGGUUCAGAGUCGGUGAAGAUCUUGAAGUACGGGAAGAUUGUGGAUAAUAUCCUUCCAAUCCGCUCGUUCACUGUUACCAAGGAUGGAGAGACUGUUCCGUUCACUGGGAUAAAGCUUACGGUUUCUUUGGAAGACGUUGAUGACUCUGCUUUUGCAGUCAUUUCUCCUGGAGAGUCGGUUAUUGUCGAACUGUCGACGCUCUUUGCCUUUGCCUCCGCUGUUCCGGGAACGCUCACGUUCAUGUCUGUUACGAUGUUCAAAAUGGAUGGUACCGAAGCUGGAUUCGCCAAUGCGAGCCUUGACAGGAUUUCGGUGUCGUCCAGCAUGAAAGCAAAUAGUGACUCACGACGUGACCUCCGGUGGAGUGACGAAUUCAGUGAAGUUUCCCUGUGA